GUCAAAAAGUUGAAGAGUGAGUAAUCAAAGUAAAAUUAUUUAAAAAACUUAGAGAAUCUUUGGUCUCAAAAAAUAAAAAUAAUUAUUAUACUCAAUCAUGAAUUAUGGUAAGAAGUCUCCAACCACGGGCACACCUUCAGUUUACUCUCACACGAGAAGCAAUGCAAAUCUUUCCAGGAGCGUUAGGAGUUUGAAAUCCUUGAAAACUCCCUGGUAUCAGAAGCCUAUUGUGCAUGAAGCUCUAUUUCUAGAUGUUCAACGGGCCUCCUUAAUCACAGCAAUUUUUUCAUUGCUUUUAUCAAUUUUCACUGUUAUAACAUCUUGUUUUGAUUUAUAUUGUUAUGCUAUGGCUGCACCAGGGUCAACUCAUUAUGGAUAUUAUGUGAUUUCUUACCAAUUUGUCUAUGUUGGAUCCAGACAUGUGAGAAAUACUUUAGUCAUGUUUGCAGCAUUUUCAAUCCUCAUGGCUCUAGUUGUUUUUGUCACCAGUAUUAUGCUCAUCAAUUCAUUGAGAAAGGAGUAUGAGCACAAGAUGCUGCCUUGGGUCUACACAUUUGCAGUGUUCACUAUAUUCCGUUUCCUGGCAUUUUUGUUUUUUUCUAUUGUUAAUGACAUGAUUUUUGCCUACAACAUCAUUAUGUGUCUCUUGUGGACCAUAUUCAUAAUUUUCAGUGUAUAUGGAUGGGUGUUGGUUUACUCCCUCUACAUUGAACUGUCUGAUUUGACCAAAUUGGAAGAUCUGGCACAUCUAAGGACUUUUGACAAAAGUGGAGAUAAGAUUGAUGGGCACCAUGGCGUCUCUAAACGCGUCGACAGUCCCCUCUCUGGCGGGCUCUCGCCCGACGACGCCCCACAGUACAGUUUCGACGAUGCCGGCCUAGAAGAGAUACCACUGGACACGGCGCCCAUUUACAGCAGGCCACAAAAGCCCAAAGAGUCCAUCAUCUCCACCAUUUACUGAGUUUGUGAUGUUUUUGGGCACAGUUGUUACUACUACAAGGUCUCAUUUCUAAUGAAGUCGGUUAUCAGUAAUUAAUUAUGUGCUUCAAGACACUUCACAAAUCUCUUCAUCUUCAAUGAUGCUAAGUUUAUUGUGCUGAUCAUUUGAGUGCCUACUAAAAGUUUGAGAAACAGAUAGUCUGAAAAAUUGAUAUUAGCAACUGUGUCCAAGAAAAUUCAAUAAAAAAAUAUACAUCUGAUCAAUCAAUUGAAAGGUUUGUGGAAUUUACAAUCUUGGAAUAUGAAUGAUUCAUAAUGAGUUUGCCUUCAAAAGUUGUAUAUUUUACUCAAUAACCAAGUACUGAAAGUUGAAUCUCAAAAAGUAGUUUUGUUAUUCUUGGAAAAUGAAUUAUUAUGCUUUCUCUCUUUUAGGUGAUACAUAGUGUUUUGAUCUGAUUUUUGAGUACUGCUCUUGUUCAUAACUAUUUUUGUUUCCAAAUUUGUAUGAUCUGUGUAACCUGUUACAAAGAAGACAAGUAUUUUUAUUGAUAUUUAAGAAAACUGACUUUGCUGGAAUUCUUGGUUCAUUUGUCAGUUUUAACAGCAUUUGAUAAUCCCUUUUUGAAUAAUAUAUAAUAGGUAUCAAAAUACCUACAGGAACAUUAAUUAUGAAAGAAAGAUCAUGAGAUGAGGGGCUCCAAAUAGAAUAUUUUAUAGUUAUGCCUUUAUUUUAAUUAGCAUUAUGUCUAAGCUUGACCGUCCAUUUUAUAUAUUUUUAUUGUUUAUACUGUUAUUCCAUUUUUAAAAAAUGAAUUGUAUCAAUAGAAACUUAAGUAU